UCGCGAAGACAUUCUUCGAUCCAAACAAAGUCUAUAUAAUAACCGGAGGUUUGGGUGGUUUUGGUCUGGAAUUGAUUCCAUGGAUGCAAUAUUCAGGCGCCCGAAAGUUUGUGGUCACCUCCAGGUCUGGCCUUAAAACUGAUUACCAGAAAUUUAUUUACAAUCGCUUUAAUGGUUUCGGUGAAAGACAAAAGUUUUUUAAGUCUCAAUGGAUUGUCUCGACUGCCAAUGGGUUCACAAUUGAAGGCACAAAACAAUUGCUAAAUGAGGCCAAAGAAUUGGGACCCAUUGGAGGGUUUUGUUCAUCUAUUGAUACGAAAUACAAGAUCUUCGCAAAUCUGGAUCAACUGACCCGACAAUUGGAUUAUAAAUUAGAUUAUUUCGUUGUCUUUUCAUCCCUGGCUUGUGGUAAAGGAAGCGCCGGGCAAUCAAACUAUGCUUUCGGAAACUCCAUGUGUGAGCGUAUAUGUGAAGAGAGACGUAGGGAUGGUCUGCACGGACUCGCCAUACAAUACGGACCCAUCGGUGAUGUCGGAGCGUUUGUUGAUUCUGAUCAACAAAUGUUGUCAUUUACUUCUAUACAAAGCCAGCGAAUCAACUCGUGUUGUGAUGUUUUGGACAAAUUAUUGGCAAUUAAACAGCCGAUUGUCACAUCAUAUGUGAGAACAAACCAAACUCAAAUUGUUACGUUAAGCCAUGACAGCCGAGUUAUCAAAGAGUUAUGGCGAGCGCUGGGCAUCGAUCCGGAGACCACACCCAACCACUUGACUCUCGGCGAGAUUGGUAUCGAAUCCAUGUUUGCCGUUAAGUUACAGCAGGAGUUGGAGAGGGAAUGGAAUAUUAAGUUAUCACUAAAUCAGGUGAAAAGUAUAACCAUUGGUAUGUUGAAGGGCUACGAGGCAGGCAAUAAAGUGAGCAUCGAAAUGCACCUGGAUUCUAUUCGAAGAUGCAAGGCUAAUUUGUUAAAAUUGGAUUUUAUUAUACCGGAUUUACAAUACACCAAAUUGAACGCGAUACAAAGCGGGAUACCUGUGUAUUUUAUGCCAACACUAUUAGUUAGUUUUGCGCAAUUAACCGAUGUGGCCAGGCGCAUUAAUCGCCCGGUAAUUGGACUAAAUUGGACCCGGGAGGUCAGUAAACUGACCACUCUGAACGAGAUUAAUAAAUACUACCAAGGGCUAAUAAAAUUACUGGAGGGCGACAGUGCCCAACGGGGUAAAUGCGAUGUAGUUGGCUAUUUUGACACCGCGAUCGCUUGCGGGCAAUUACUGUUAAAGGGACAGGUGGGUCGAGCGGUUAUCAUUGAUUUUAAUACUAUGAACAGUGAUUUCCCGGCCGAUGAAACCGAGAACUUACUGGAGUUUUUACUAAACAUGUUGUCCAAUGAGUUGCCCGAGUCGUUGAAGGAGCGUAUGAUACGGGCGUUGAAACAGGAGCCCAAUAUUCAGGUCAACAUCAAAUACAUAGCGAAUGAAAUGAUAGAGUUUGCCGGCAAAGGACUGGUGGCCACACAUAUGGAGGAGAUAUUGCACUCAAUGUUAGACAGAAUUCGUAUGUUAUGUGAGUAUCGGUUGUCGAAGAAGAAGAAACUGUCGACGAGUGGACUCAUGGGAGCCGUUGUGCGCAACAAGUGGUCCAAAAUGAGGGGCAAAUUGUUGAUUAUUAAGCCGUUUGCGUUCGCGUCGGUCCCCAAUGUGGACGAGUUUGUCGAGAAGACCCGUCACUCGUAUUUUUUGCCGAGCGCUCAGGAUUGCAGUGAGAAUAUUACGAUUGACAUGAUUGAUGCGGACGUUAAGGCUAUGGACUUUUCUCAACCAAUUAUCGCCGACAAGAUUAUUGAUGCUCUAAAA